GUGACGGUCACACUGCCGCCUUCACACGUGUUUUUAUUUUGUUAAAUUCCACAAUUUUAUACGUAUUUCGGCAUCUUUAGCAUCGCAAUGGGAAAGAAAAACAAGGGCUCGACGCCCAAUCUGGGCCGCCAGUUGAUCAAGGAUCGAUUCGGUCACACGCCCCGCCGCAAGGUGGACAACGAUACGAUGCUGCACACAACCGAACUACAGGAUGGCUAUGACUGGGGUCGCCUCAACCUAUCGUCCGUCACGGAGGAGUCCUCGUUCCAGGCCUUUCUGCGCACUGCCGAGCUGGCCGGCACUGAGUUCCAGGCCGAGAAGCUUAACAUUACGUUUGUGAAUCCAAAACAGCGUGUAGGGCUGCUGAGCAAGACGCAGGAGCAGCGAAUGCACCAGAAGCACGUCGAGCACCGCGACCAGUUGAAGAUACCACGCCGCCCUAAAUGGAGCAAGGAGACAAGCGCCGAAGAGCUGGAGCGGGCCGAGAAUGAGGCCUUUCUCGACUGGCGUCGUGACCUGGCCCUACUACAGGAGGACGAGGAGAUUCUAAUGACGCCCUACGAGAAGAAUCUGGAGUUCUGGCGCCAGCUGUGGCGCGUGGUGGAGCGUUCGGAUGUCGUUGUUCAGAUCGUGGACGCUCGCAAUCCGCUGCUCUUCCGCAGCGUCGAUUUGGAGCGCUACGUAAAGGAGGUGGACCCCAGCAAGAUGAACAUGAUCCUGGUGAACAAGUCGGACCUGCUCACAGCGGAGCAGCGUCGCCAUUGGGCGGAAUACUUCGACAACGAAGGCAUCCGAACGGCCUUCUAUUCCGCCACUCUGGUCGAGGAGGAGUUGAAGCGGGAAGCGGAGGCGGCGCGCCAUGACUCCUUUUCGGAGGUGCAGCAGCUGCGUGAGGCCGCCGAGGAGAUUGCCCAGUCGCUGGACAAGGUGGAAGACACACUAGAUGCUAUCGAGCGAAAACUGAAGGUGGACAAAGAGGAGAAGGAGCAACUGCCGCGUCUGCCGGGUGACAAGAACAGUUCUCGUCUGCUGUCCCGCCUUGAGCUCAUUGAGUUCCUGCGCCACAUCUACACUGGACAGCGACAUACGGAGCAGCACGUCACUAUCGGCAUGGUGGGCUAUCCCAAUGUGGGUAAGAGCAGCACCAUAAACUCACUGAUGACUGUGAAGAAGGUGUCCGUAUCGGCCACACCUGGCAAGACCAAGCGGUUCCAGACGCUCUUCCUGGACAAGGACAUACUGCUCUGUGACUGUCCCGGCCUGGUAAUGCCCAGCUUUGUUCUCACCAAGGCGGACAUGUUGCUCAACGGCAUUCUGCCCAUCGACCAGAUGCGUGACCAUGUGCCCGCCGUCAAUCUGCUGUGCGAGCGCAUACCGCGUCACGUUCUUGAGGAUAAGUAUGGCAUUGUGAUAGCCAAGCCGCUGGAAGGCGAGGAUAUGGAGCGGCCACCGCACUCGGAAGAACUGCUGUUAGCUUACGGAUACAAUCGGGGUUUUAUGACCUCCAACGGACAGCCGGAUCAGGCGCGCUCAGCUCGCUAUGUGCUCAAAGACUAUGUCAACGGCCGGCUGCUGUAUGCCAUGGGUCCGCCUUCGGUGCCCCAAGCAGAGUAUCACACCUUCCCCGAGCGCCAGCGCAAGGUCAUCGAGGAGUCGCAACUGCCCAGUCAACAGCAGAGGGCCAUGAGAAUUGACAAGAGCACGUCCAAGGAGCUGGACAAUCAGUUCUUUUCCAACAAGCCGAACCAUGCCCAUGUCAAGGGUCGCACCAACUUUCCGCAUGUUCGCCUGGCCAAUGACGGCUCACUGGUGGCCAGCACCGAUCCAGCGGCGGCAGCGGCAGCCAAGCCCUGGCGUCACGUGAAGAAGGAGCGCCGCGAGAAGCUGCGCAAAAAGUUCUCCCACCUGGACGAGCACUGAAUCGGGGGAGUGGCCCAACGUAUUUAUUCUGAAGCCAGGCACUUGUAUAUUAUUAGCAUUUAGAGAUAGGUAGCUAUUAAAGUACACUAAACCCAGAA